GAUGAUCAGUCAGGUACCAAAAUACAGCGCUUUAAGACGCUGAUGGUUGCCUAGGUACUGAUCUCUCAGAUGAUCUCAAGUCCCGAAGAUUGGUCAGAACGAAUUUAUUUAUCCUCAAUUCCUAUUGUUCGUCAUCCCUGCGAAGCCACCUCACUGCGGUACUGCAGUCGCCACUCGUUCUUGAAUGAUCUUGAUGGAACCUUAGUAGUAUUCAGUUUCGGGUUAUUAUUGUACAUUCUAUGGACAUAGCCUUGUCCAAGGGUAGAACAUCCUUGAAUACUAGGAGCAUCAAUGGUGUAGACGAAGGGAGUAUUUUCUGUAUCGUGACCUGCCUUGAAGAGCUUAAGAUCAGC